AAAUAACUGAAAUAAUCUACCAGAAGACCAUUAAGCCAAUGGAACAAAAUAAAGAUAAUGUCACAACUACACAGACAACUCCUGUGGUUAAGACCACCACCACCACUACGAAAAGUACAGCAUUAGAGAGUACCACCAAAGCAGCAGCUCCUGUGAUCCCAAACAAACCUGGGACCACGGCAACGUAUCUCACAACAGGAGCAGAAUUCAUCACCGCAGCCCCAGUGACCACUUCCACAGCUGAGACUAAACAUGCAGCUACCUCUCCGUUAGCAGAAACAUCCACUUCUGCUCGUCCAACCUCCUCCCUAGCUGAGCCCAGAUCACUAAUUAGCACUUCCACAUCAGAGCCAACCACAAUUGCUCUUCCUGCUAGUUCAACGUCUGUCAUGACCGUUGCAGCCACCUCUGCAACAGCAGAAACGUCCACAUCUCCUCUAGAGACCAAUUUCCCAAGUGAGACUACAGCGUUGCCUAGUAACAGGACAGUCGAGGGGACAACCAUUGUUGUGCAUCCUACCACUUCACUACCUCAGAGCACAGCUGCAGCCACCUCUGCUAGGGAAGAGACGUCCACAUUUCCUCCAGAGACCACUUCUCCAGCGGAGACAACAGCAAUAGCUACUAACUCAAUCAAGGACAGAACCACAAUUGUCCUCCCGAGCAGUUCACUCUAUGAGACCACAGCUGCAGUCACUUCUGCUCCACCAGUGACCUCUACGGGUCCUCUACAGACCACAUCCCCAGCUGAGACGACAGCAAUGAUUAGUACUACGACAAUCAAGGAGACUACCACAGUUUCCGUUUCUACAAUUUCACAACCUGAAAGCACAGCUGUAUCCACCAGAACCACUGGCGAAACAUCUACCUCUCCUCUAGAGAUGACUUCUACAGCUGAAACGACAGCAAUAACUAGUAGCACUAGAGUAGAAGAGACAACACCACCACCUCUUCCUACCACUACACUUCUUAGGACCACAGCGGCAGCCACCUCUACUACUUCAGAGACCUCCACUGCUGCUCUGGAGACCUCUUCCCCAAAGGAGACUACAGCAGUAACUGGUACCACUGCGGUAGGCGAGACAACCACAAUUACUCUUCCUACUACUUCACCCUAUGAAAGCAAAGUUAUAGCCACCUCGAGUGUACCAGAGACCUCCACCUCUCCUGUAGAGACCACUUCUGCAGCUCAGACUACAGAAAUACCUAGUACCAGCACAGCAGAAGAGACAACCACAGUUCCGUUUCCUACUGCUUCACUGCCUGGGAUUACUGCUUCCACCACUUCCGUUAUUCAAAAGACCCCCACAGCCCUUCGAGAGACCACUUCCCUAGCUGAGACUGCAGCAAAAGCGAAUGCCACUGCACUAGAAGAGACGAGCACAGUUGCCUUUCCUACCACUUCUCUUCCUGAAAGCACAACAGUAGCCUCUUCUCUUAUUCGCGAGAUCUCCACAGCGGCUCGGGAGUCCCCGUCCCUGGCUGAGACUACAGUGAUAACUACUACGACUACAGCAGAAGAGACAACCACGGCUGCGCUUCCCACCACUUCAACCCAUAAGAGCACAGCUAUAACCACUUCUACCAGAGCAGAAACAUUCACAUUUCCUUUACAGACCGGGCCCUCAGAGAUGACAGCAGGAACUACUGCCACACUUGCCUUCCCUACUACUUCCCCCGUUGAAACAACCACCACUCUGGCUAUCACCACACCAGCCCCUGUGGCCACAUCCCUCACUGAGACGGCAACUAGAGUCACGUCUAUUUUACCGUUGACAUCCACGGUCCGUCUUGAGACAAGUUUGUCCUCUGAGCCCACAAGAAUUCCCAGCGCCUCUAGAGAAGUUGAGACAACCACAGCUGCCCUUCUUGUCACUUAUCCCACUGCGACCACAAGUGCAGUCACCUCCUCUGUAGCAGAAACAGCCACAGUUGCUGUUACGGUGACUUCUCCAGCGGAGACCACAGGGACACUGACUCCCACCGCAGCAGGUCGUAAAACAUCCACAUCUGCUCUGGAGACCAGUUCCUCAGCUGAGAUCCCAGCAGCUUUGGGCAACACCACAGAACGGGGGAGACUCACUGCAUCCCCUGUCACCGCUGUUCUAGCCGGGACUACUAAAACCUCACCCACUGCUACAGCAGCGGAGAGAAGCACAGCGGCUCCGAUCACCACGACCCCUGCUGAGACCACAACAACUUACACCUCCACUACCAGACAGGGAACAACCACACCUGCCCUUUUUACAACUUCCCCAGCUGAGACCACAACCGCUUUGGGUGUCCCUAUCAGAGGGGCGACAACAGCAGCCAUCUCUGUGACAACCACAACAUCGCUGUCACCUACCACAGCUGCUUUGACAAACCGUGAAAUAACUGAAAUAAUCUACCAGAAGACCGUUAAGCCAGUGGAACAAAAUAAAGAUAAUAAUGUCACAACUACACAGACAACUCCUGUGGUUAAAACCACCACCACCAAAGGUACAACAUUAGAGAGUACCACCAAAGCAGCAGCUCCUGUGAUCCCAAACAAACCUGGGACCACAGCAACGUAUCUCACAACAGGAGCAGAAUCCAUCACCGCAGCCCCAGUGACCACUUCCCCAGCUGAGACCACAACCGCUUUGGGCGUCCAUCUCAGAGGGGAGACAACAACAGCCAUCUCUGUGACAACCACAACAUCGCUUUCACCUACCACAACUGCUUUGACAAAUCGUGAAAUAACUGAAAUAAUCUACCAGAAGACCAUUAAGCCAGUGGAACAAAAUAAAGAUAAUAAUGUCACAACUACACAGACAACUCCUGUGGUUAAAACCAAUACGACCACCAAAAGUGCAACAUUAGAGAAUACCACCAAAGCAGCAGCUCCUGUGAUCCCAAACAAACCUGGGACCACAGCAACGUAUCUCACAACAGAAGCAGAAUCCAUCACCGCAGCCCCAGUGACCACUUCCACUGCUGAGACUAAACAUGCAGCUACCUCUCCGUUAGCAGAGACAUCCACUUCUGCUCGUCCAACCUCCUCCCUAGGUGAGCCCACAUCACUAAUUAGCACUUCCACAUCAGAGCCAACCACAAUUGCUCUUCCUGCUAGUUCAACAUCUGUUAUGACCGUUGCAGCCACCUCUGCAACAGCAGAAACAUCCACAUCUCCUCUAGAGACCACUUUCCCAGCUGUUUUGCCAACCUCAACCCCCGCUCCAGCAAUUGAACAUUUCACAGUGAACUUCACCAUAGCCAAUCUCCGAUAUGAUUCAGAACUGGGAUCUCCUCAUUCUACCAGGUUCAAUGCUACUGAGAAAGUCUUGAUCUCUUUGCUCAACCCAAUAUUUGAGAACAGCAGCAUCGGGCCAGCUUAUAUAAGAUGCGAAGUGACGGCUUACAGACCGGUGAGAGCUGGGAAUGGCACCGGUGUAGAUGCCAUCUGCACCCACAGGCGCGACUCCACUGCUCCCCCCUUUGACAGAGUUGGUGUUUACCAUGAAAUCAGCAACAAGACAAACGGUAUCACCAUGCUGGGCCCCUACACCCUGGACAAGGACAGCCUCUGUGUCAAUGGCUAUAACGAAGCACCAGCGCUGCCAACUGUUUUGCCAACCUCAACCCCCACUCCAGCAAUUGAACAUUUCACAGUGAACUUCACCAUAACCAAUCUCCAAUAUGAUUCAAAACUGGGAACUCCUCAUUCUACCAGGUUCAAUGCUACUGAGAAAGUCUUGAUCUCUUUGCUCAACCCAAUAUUUGAGAACAGCAGCAUCGGGCCAGCUUAUAUAAGAUGUGAAGUGACGGCUUACAGACCGGUGAGAGCUGGGAAUGGCACCGGUGUAGAUGCCAUCUGCACCUAUAGGCGCGACUCCACUGCUCCCCCCUUUGACAGAGUGGGUGUUUACCAUGAAAUCAGCAACAAGACAAAUGGUAUCACCACGCUGGGCCCUUACACCCUGGACAAGGACAGCCUCUGUGUCAAUGAAUACAAUGAAGCACUUCUUGGACCGACUCUGAGUCUAACUAGCCCACAAAGUCCAACAGCUGUGCAUUUCACACUGAACUUCACCUUAACCAACCUCCGCUACACCACAGCCGUGGGGACACCGGGUUCCCUCAAAUUCAAUUCUACAGAGAAAACAAUACUGUAUUAUAUUGAGCCUCUGCUCAGAAACAGCAGCAUUGGCCCUGUCUACACUGGAUGCAAAGCGAUGGCAUUUAGGUCUGUGAAUAACAGGGACACCAGGAUCGAUGCUGUCUGCAGCUACAAAAACAACCCCGCAGUCGCCACGUUUGACAGAGUGACGCUUUAUCAUGAGCUGAGUGGCAUGACAAAGGGCAUCACCAAGCUAGGACCCUACAUCCUGGAGAGUAACAGCCUUUAUGUGAACGGCUUCCGCCUUUCAGACAUAGCUACUACUACAAAACCUCCUCCCACGGUGGCUCCAGAGAACGUGGGGUAUCUGCUCAACUUCAAAAUAAUCAAUGUAAACCUAACCAACACAGAUCCGAAGUCUUUGGCCUACCAACUAUUACAGAAAGACAUUGCGGAUAAGAUUAACCAGCUGUACAAAAAGAGUAAACUUCAAGGCAGAUUCCUGUUCUGCAGCGUCACAGGCUUGAGGAUUGGCUCUGUAGUGGUCGACUGCCAGUGCUACUUCAAGUCAGCCCCCAAUCGCAGCGAGGAGACCGUUCUAAGCACAUUUCAGGAUGGAACGAAGAAUGCAAGCGCACAAUGGCUGGGGGACAGGUACCAGCUGCAGGGAGCCAGGGUGAAUGUUUUGUGGCCAGUUAUUAAGCCGGUGACUCAGCCUCCCGUCAGUGCUGAGCAAGAGACUUUCAGGUUAAACUUCACCAUCACUAACCUCUUCUACUCGUCAGAACUGAAACAACCCAAUUCAAAUUCUCAUCGACUGAACAAGCAGAAGAUUGAGAAAGCGCUUGACAAUAUUUUCAGAAAUAGCAGCAUCCAGAAAUACUUCACUGGCUGUUCAGUUGAAAGCUUUAGGCCCAUCUCCAGAAAAAUGUACACUGGUAUUAAUGCCGUCUGCAAAUUUACGCUGGACAGCACCUCCAGGGCCUUUCAAAGAGAAGAAGUGUAUGAGGAGUUUAAACGUCUCACCAACGGAGUCACUCAGCUCGGGAACAGCUACACUCUAGACAAGGAUAGCUUGCUUGUUAAUGAUUAUUCUCCUCUCAACACAACGGCAGGAGAGCCGGGGAGAUCGGAGCUCCCAUUCUGGGCGAUAAUCCUCAUCUGCCUCUCGGUGUUGCUUGGCUUGAUUCUCCUUCUCCUCCUGUGCUUCUUGAUUGCCUUUUGCCUGAGAAGAAAGGGAGGCGGGUACGACGUCCAACAGAGCGUAUACGGGGUCUAUUUCCCACAUCUGGACAUGAGAAAAAUGCACUGACGAACACAUUGCUGAGACGAACUCCUUGCACUCCAAAGUGUCUCUUCUCACUGACUCAUUCAUCCACCAAGAGAGAAAAAAUGUUUACAACUGCUGUAAAGAAUGUUCUAUUUUUCCCUUAGUAAAUUAUGAUUAGCUUGGGACACAUCUUUCCUUGUGGCCUUGAGAUAGAAAAUCUUUGCACUGAUCCCAGGAAUUAUCUUGUACUGUGGAAAAACUGCCAGCAAUGAAGAUGUGUUGGGGACAGAUAUUUAUUUUUUUAUGCACGGUGAGAUUUUGAGCAAAUGUUACACAUCCAAAAAAAUAAAACAGAAAAUGAAGUGAACACGAGAUGUAUGCAGUCUACAGUGUUCUGUAGUUUUUCUGAAGGGGGAGAUUAAAAUUAUGCUCAUUUGUGGUGUUUAGGUUCUGACUUGGAAAUGAACAAAACCAAGAAAAAAGCACUUUAAUUCUACUUUGGGUUUUUUUCUGCUUUAUAAUUAAAAAGAAAUUAUAUGUGUAUGUCUUUUAAACAAAUGAGAAAUUUUAUAUUUUAAAUGAUGCCAGGAGAUUUUUUUUUUUUUUUUUUGGUUAAAGAUGCAUUGUUAAAGAUACUUCUUUGUGAAUUUGUGAGACUGUUGUCCCAUGUCACUCAGGAUAGAUACUGCAACACAGACUGCAAUUCAGAAAUAAAGUAUCAGAAAUCAUUCCAAUAAGGCUGGGAGUUUAUUUUAUUCAGCAUCUAAAAAAAUCCCUUUGUGAGGUUCUCUUUGCUUUUGGCUGGGUGCCGAAGAGGCAGAGUAGUCUUUGGGGUGGGAUCAAAGAAAAGAUGUCUAAGUUUGGCCCUAAAGAAGCCUUGAAAUAAAUUAAAUCAGUUUGGUCCUUCCAGGGGAGAUUGUUAUUAACAAGAGAGUGACUAGCAUUUUCCCAGGAUCGCAAGCCCAAGUCAGCAGUGGCUGAAUGCUGAUACUAUCUGAGAGCUGUUUUUUGGUCUAUGUGACUUACAUUGUUCCCUUCAAAAAUCACCUUCAAAUUAGCAGUAUUGUUCCCUUUUGCUGGCAGUCUCAGUGGAGAAGCCAGGGACUGACCGUAUCAUGGAGACUGGAUUCUUCUCUCACCUCUCAGAGGUAAUCUUGGCAGAACAAGAUUGAGGCACACAGGCCAGGGCAAGAUGGGGGGAAACCAGCCUGGCU